AUGUCUCCACGCAACUUGAACGUGCUGGUUACCAGCUUUGCGGGUCUUGGCCUGCCCCCUACCUUGGUCCUCCCGCUUCCCUCAUCAACAACCAUCAACCAGCUGCGAACUCAUAUCGACGAGCGAUUGCCAACUACCCAGUCAAGACUCAUCAUCACGACUAUUUCAAACAAACAACUGCCUGCAGAAUCAGAGAUCCCCAUUUCAGACUACCUAUCGACCGCCGAAGAUGACUUCUUGUCGUUGCGACUUGCCGUGCCGCUCUGUGGUGGCAAAGGUGGUUUCGGAUCCCAACUGCGAGCCGCUGGUGGCCGUAUGUCAUCAAGGAAGAAGAAGAACCAGGAGGAUCAUGGUUCAAGCCGAAACCUUGAUGGCCGACGCCUGCGUACAGUGAACGAAGCCAAGGCGCUGGCGGAAUAUCUCGCCAUCAAACCCGAGAUGGAAAAGAAGGAGAAGGAGAAGCGACGUGAGCGAUGGGAACAAAUCGUUCAACUAUCGGAGCAAAAAGAAGCCGAAAUCAAGUCUGGCAGCAAGGGGCGCAUUGACGGCAAGUGGGUUGAAGACAAGGAGGAGAGCAGCGAGCGGACGCGGGAUGCGGUUCUGGCCGCCAUGAAGGCCGGCAAAUACAAGGACAACCUUUUAAGCACAUCUCACGACUCCAAUUCUACGCAACCAAGCAACAACCAGUCUGGCUCCGAUGAGGAGAAGGGCACUUCAUCUCAUGAGUCGACACCUCCACCAGAGGAGAAGAAGGUGGGAAAGGGCAAGGCGAGGUCAUUUUUCGGAUUUGACGAAGACGAUGAGUUUAUGAGUUCAGAUGACGAUGCCGAAAACUAG